CGAGUAUGCUUCGAGUGAUCGUCUGGAACGGACGUGUACGGUGUACUGGUCGUUUCGUGCUACGGAACUGUGUUGCGAAAGAACAUGGCUUCCUCGGCCAUUUAGGCAAGGGCAGUAAAAUAAAUGUCUUUCUAUUAUGUGUGUGUGUGUGUGUGCGUUGUUGUGACAGUUAAAAGUGUAAUGAAUAAAAAGUAGCUCAAGAUAAAAGGAAGAAGGAAAAAAAACCCAUCGCCCGGCUUUUAAGUUUGUGUGACCUAUAAAAGUUUCCGCCGUGUCGAGAAGUUGUUGUGUGAACAGUCUUAAAGUCAUUCUAGCCAUUCUUCUGUCCCACGCCGCAAAAGUUGCACCAUCAGCCUCGUUUUGUGACCAUAAUUCCUAAUUAUGCGAAAAGGCGAACGUUGUGUGACUGUGUGACCGGGUACGAAUGAUAACACUCGCCGCCAUGCUCAGAACACUGGCCUAAAUGGGCACGACGAAUUGAAAACCAAAGCUCUAAAUUUACAUCCAACUGUUUUAUUUGUUGACCGUAACCUCACCGCACCGUCGUCGUCGUCGAAUUUUAGCACCGUCAGCACCAUGCUCAUCAACGUUACAACUCGAAAGCGAAGAAAAAGGAUCCCCAUCGCAGGUUUGAGGUCAACCGUACCGUUGUGUUUGGUUUGGGCGCUUUUAGGACUUACGGUCGGUCCGUCUCACCGGUGUUCCGGUGCUCCUUCGCUGGCCGCAAAAUUCUGGCCAUCGAUGAAGACGUACGACAUUUGGGGAUCUCCCACGGUCACGGACGGAGCGGCAAGGUCGAACGAUUCCUUUGACCCAGUUACGAACCGGUACAAUGGAACGGUGGUAACCGGUUCCGUCGCUGCCGUACGACGAAGCCGGUACAGCUACGGGGAACCGACCGGUGUCGCUUCCUUCUACGGUGACGCAAGCCAUAGGCAACGGGACGGCCUGCCGGCACGAAGACGUUCUGCGAAAGUGCUCAACUUCCUACCGGUGCCGGUGGAUGACGAGUGUCUGUCGGACGAUGGCCGCCGGACGGGGAUGUGCAUGAACGUGUACGAGUGUCGCAUCCAGGGAGGAACUGCUCGAGGUCAGUGUGCACUCGGGUUCGGUGUGUGCUGUGUGUUUGUCGCCACCUGCAACGAGGAGAUAGUGAACAACAUUACGUACUUUGUGUCACCGGCCUUCCCCGGCAUCGUGCCGAAAGAUCUGGGAAGCUGCAAGCUGAAGAUAAAGCUGAUGAAUCCCGACAUCUCGCAGCUGAAGUUUGACUUCAUUCACUUCGCGUUGGGUCAACCGAAUCGACGCACUGGAGUAUGUGAAGGAGACCUGUUCCGGUUAAUAGGUGGCAUCUCACCGUUUGACCUGUGCGGACAGAACUCGGGUCAACAUCUGUACUACGACCUCAGUCCGAAGAGCCGUGCCGAGGAGCAGAUCGAGCUGGAGAUGAACUUUGCCUCACGCUCGUUCGCCCAAAGGCUUUGGGAGAUCCGUGUGUCACAGAUCCCUUUCAGUCAACGUUCGCCGAGUGGUUGCAUGCAGUACUUCACCGGUACCGAGGGACUGAUACAGACGUUUAACUUUGCGGAAAAUGGACGCUAUCUGGCGAACCACAACUAUCGCGCUUGUAUUCGGCAGGAGAAAGGCAUGUGCUCUGUAUCGUACGAACCUUGUGAUGAUCAGUCGUUCCGCAUCGGACUACCAGGAACGGGUGGACAAGGACCUUUUGGCGGAGGGCCAGGUGGUGGUGGAGGAGGAGGUCCAUUAGGUGGAAUAGCUCCAUCAGGAACUCCGGGAGGACCCAUCUCAGGAGUAGGAACCUUCUCGGACCCAUCACUAGCCGAUGACCCACUAGCUCCUGCGGCGGAUAUUCCCGUGGAACCAUCUCCUGUUGCCGAUCCAAUAGUUGAGGCAUCUCCUGAGGCACCCGCGGCGGAUCUAGAAACGGCAGCGGAUGAACCAGUCCCCGCAGAGGAAGAUCCCGAAGUAGCGGCCGACGAUCCAGCAGCGGAUGAUGAAGGAUCGGGUGGUGGUGGAGGUGGAUUCUUCGAUGGGUUCUUCCCAUCGUUUUUCUCGCGCAGCAUCUUUGACGAUGACGAGGAACAGCUGAAGGGACCAAAGCGGCGAAAGGGUCGUGGUUUGGCGAAGGCUGACUGGCAAUCGCGGCAGUUCGAAGGCGUCAACUGUCUCGACCGGAUAACGUUACCAUGCAUCGUGGAGGACUUUAUUGGCGUUGGGAUGGGUGAUCUGCCCACCUGCCGGCCAGUCCACUGCGGCAACUCACUGUGUCCUCCGGGUGUUUCGCCGUGUCGGGUGGAAACUUCGGUGACACCGUUCCGGCUGGGAAUACACUUUGGCGAAGGAAUCGAUCGGGGCAGUCCGGAGGAUAAUUUGGGCGCGUGUAUCCGGUACAAUCAGAUUCCAUGUGCGGGUUAGUGACGGUGUAGAUAGAUAGGAUGUAAGCAAAGGGAGUUCUGGAACUGUAUAAAAUAGGUUGUAUCGUAAUGUGUGUGUGAGAGAGUGAGAAACGUAUUUAUUUGCCAUGAACGAGUGCGAUGAGAAGUAGGUUAAUAGACGAGUGCAGAUGUACGGAGCAGAAGCACCAUGUUUGGUAGGGUGCAAGUCAUCGUACGCCUGUACCCACUUUGGGUUAUUGAAAUGCAUUUUCUUUGUUCUGUUACACAGCUACACGGUUUCUUAAUGUAAUUGGUAAAUGCAUGUACGUCCACAUAGAUCUCCAUCUCAAUACCAAGCUAGUAUUCACGUGGAGAAAAAUGCAGAAGAAAUGCUUCAGGAAAAGCAUUUCUUGUCAGGCGGUUUUGCUUUAGUAUUGAUUAGUGAUGUUAAUGAAUGAUAGCAGAUGAAAGUACCAUAACUUAUUUUAGAAAUGAACAAUAAAACAUUAUUAAAAUGACAGU